UUUACGGGCGCUCGAGUUGUUAAAACAAAUAAAGAGAAACCCCUUCAGAUUAGGAAUAAUAUAGAAAAGCUGAAAGGAAAACUUAACAGAGAUACAAGCUCCCUCUAUCAACAUUUAUACUCUGAUGAGAAUAAGACACGUGUCGAAGAAUUAUUCUGGGAAGAUCCUUUGGCAUGCCAGGUUCUCAGUGACGAUUCAGAUCUUGUGAAGAAUCUUCCCAAGAACUUAAAAAAGAGUUUUAUGAAAAUUGCUCAAGAUUUUAAAAGGCGCGACGAAAGAUCAAAGCCGAAAUGGACACAUGAUAAAACUUGGAAGGAGUCUGAAGAAGGCACUGCAUGCGUUGUUAAAGAAAUUUUAAACGUUCUGAAAGAUGUUUGGAAUAAUCCGGCAUUCAAUUCUAAUGUUGCAAGAUCACUAAACGAGGGAACGUACCAAUUAACCGCCAUUGUUACUUCAAUCCAGACUGCUUUAAAAAAUCUUCCUAUUGAAAACUCAUUUUUUGUUAGUACAUCAGAAAAACAAAGCAUUGCUAGUGCAAAUAGAAAAGAAGGAAAUAAGGGAAGACGCCCGGAUAUUAUGUUCUUGGGAAAUUAUCUUGAAAUGGCCUUCGAACUUAUGUAUAUCGAAUGUUCUCGCUUAUUUUGUACUCCACAAAAAAAGACGGAUGAUGAGAUAAAAUUGUGGCGGGAGACAAAUGAUGGACUUUAUUG